AUGGAAAAAGAACAGGAAGACCAGCUUGCAAGUUUGCUCAGUGUUCUUCCCCCUGUGGAGUUCUGCUGUGUUUAUGGCUCAUCUCUCCACCCAAAUAAUGCAGAUAAGUCAUCAAUGGUUGAUUACAUUCUUGGUGUGUCAGAUCCUCUGAAGUGGCAUACUGAGGCAAGUUGUAAACUGCUAUACCUUCCAUUUUCUUUGUAUAAUUUGGAAAUGAACCCGGACCACUAUGCUUCAUGGAUGGUACAACUUAAGGGUGCAAAGCUGAUUACUCAAGUUGCUGAUGAAAUUGGUGUAGGUGUACACUUCAACCCAUUUGUUACUUGGAAGGACAAGAUGUUCAAGUAUGGAGUUGUCCGAAUGGAUGACUUGAUUAGAGAUCUACUAAAUUGGGAAAAAUUCUACCUGAGUGGUCGUCUACAAAAACCUGUUCAUAUUCUUGUGGAUAACUUGGACAUUGGAAAUUUAAACUCUGUUAAUCUGAGGGCUGCAAUAUCUGCUGCUUUACUACUUUCACCGUCCAAAUUCUCUGAGGAACACCUAUAUGCCAAGAUAUGUAGUCUCUCGUACAUGGGUGACUUGCGUAUGCUUUUUGCAGAGGACAAAAAUAAGGUGAAGAAGAUUGUGCAGGGGCAAUUUGGGUUAUUCCGAAUAAUGUACAAGCCAUUUCUAGAUGAAUAUGCAACCAAGGAUUUGUUGAGAUUCUCAUCAUCUGGUGGUCACCAAUUAAAUUUUUCCCAGGAUUGUGGAUUAUCUGCAGCUUCCUCCCUUGUAUCACGUCUUCCUCCUACUGUCAGAAGCGAGAUGGGGUUGAAGUUAGGAGAGACGAGACAAAUAAACGAAUCUGGUAUAGUCUUAAAUAACUACUUCCAGAGAACGUGCUAUACAGGUGGUUUUGACGUAUUUUAA